GCGUGCGUGCUCGCCACCCUUCUGUUGUUCUCUCUCCGGAGCGUGCACGCACGCGUUUAUCCCCACCUCUCAAUGUAUUUCCAGCGUCUGCUGGACUUGUACAGACACCGCGUCGGAUUGCGAAUACAGAUGGAGAUCUUACUGAUGUCUCAUGGCCACCGGCGCACCCGAGCCGCGCGAAAGCACACAAGUCAACUAUGAUAGGCGCGACACACGGGCAUGUGUCAGGAGUGCCAAGCUGUGCGCUGAUGGGGAACAUAGAGGAACCGGCUGAGAAAGAGAUUUGUUUGGAUAUCACAGGAAAAGCUGCCCGUGGAAAUGAGUCCUGAAGAGAAACCAAAGAGGCACUUUACCGCUGCGAGUCUGUGGAGACAGAAGUGCAGACUUCCAGUCUUCUCCGCGAGAAAAGGAAACUUAAAGGACUUGUGACCACCAAGGUGAAUUCAUUCAUCAUUUGAAGCACUUUUACAACAUGCAUUGAUGUAAAUGGCUCAGACAGGUUUUAAGAUCACCGCGUUUAAAGUCUUUGGGAAUAUGCAUGCAUGUAUGCAUCUUAAAUGAUACGCGCAAUCUUCAUGAUUUUUACGCCGUUACGCACGUUUAAUUCGGAAUAGAAGCGCCUGGAAGAUCCGGAGUGGGAACUCAGGAAAGGUCGGUGCUCCAGUCAAGAGAAUAUUAACGCGACAGGCCGUUUAAGGCUGAAUUUUUGUGUGCUUUUAACAACAGUACCGCUGUUGUGUCCGUCUGACAGGACGCGGAGUCUCCAAUGAACGCUUAUUCGGAAUUUCAAGAACAAAAGAGGGCGGAAGGUUUAUUUUUAGGAAACCGUGUUGAGUUCUUUUUCUGAAGUAAGUAAUUUUCCAGUUUGGACGCUCUUGGACUUUCCUGACACGCUCAUCCCCUGCUGGACCUUUUUAAUGUUUAUCCGAUCAAGAGUUUUUGGACUUUAUUAUCCCUGACUGUGUUGGAUAUGAGGAAUGCCAUAACUUACGUCAAGCAUAAAUGCUGACAGUUCUCUAACUGGUAUCAUAGAUGCAAUUUUCUUCUUAAAAACCAAUGUAAUGGCUCAUUUAUGGGGAAAAUGGUGCACUUGGCGUCAGAAUGGAGUUAAGAAGUUCCCUAAGGAGUCAAAGCAAACAGUCCUUGACUUGAGUCUUCAUUUUUGUGGUGUUAUUAUGUAACUGAUUCAUCAGCGAGAGAACAUUUUGAUUCACUUGUAGUAAGUCGAAAGAUUCCAUGCGCCUUGGAUAAACCUCUCUGACCCAUGUGCGUCAAGAAGGACAGAAGAGAAGAGGAAUGCGCUAUUGACGUCAUGAGGUGAAAUAACCAAAACUUAAAAUCCUGGAACUGUCUAAACGCAUGAGUAAAUUUGUCGUCAUCUAGUCGUCAGAGCCGUUUGGCGUUUGCUUCCCCCUCUUGAUUCUUUUUCCAUCCAAGCACCUUAUUUUCAUCAUUUUUUUUUUUUUUGAGUGGUAUCAUGGCUUCUCCUCAACAUCAACAUCUGCUGUUUCACAACAGCGAAGUGAGCUGCGACUCCAGCGGCGAUGGCGCCGUGUCCGUGCGGAUCAGCGGCACCAAGCCGCACAAACAGCAGCGUGGGAGUCUGGGCGCCAGCGCCAUGUGCAGCAUCAUUGGGGGCUCCAAACAUUGCAAGUACAGCAUCUCCUCCAGCUGUAGCUCAGGCGAAUCCGCCAUCCGCAAACCAGUGAUCAAAGGCCUCCGGACUCAAAGAAAGAUGCCGCAACUCUUCGAGAGGGCGGCCGGACACUUCUGGAACCCCAAGUUUGACUCCAACAUUCUGGAGGAAGCCUGCCGCGAGCGGUGCUUCCCUCAAACUCAACGACGUUUCCGUUGUGUUCUGUUUUACUUAGCGGCCGCCAGCCUCCUCUGGGGGCUGUUCUUCAUCGCUAAUGCUAAUCGAUGUGAACGGACUGCCUUCUUAUUGCCCACAGCCUCCUUCCUACUCCUGUGUUCUGUCCUCUUCGUCUUCACAUUCACUCGCUUCUACGCCCACUGCUACAAUCAAGCCUCGCUGUUGCUCAUCGUGGUGACGUUUGCCCUCACUCUUGCCCCUCAGAUCCAGACAUCAGGCUUUGGUGACUUUAAUGUUCCUCCUUUGAAGGAUGAAGAGGAUGGAGGCGACUUCAGUGGCGCCGAGGAUAAAAACCUGACGUUUGAAGCCACCCGAAGUGGAGAAGCUGUAGCCCCUUGUUUGUCCCCAGUUGGGACAUUCUCUUUAGGCAUGGAGGUGCUUUCGUUGCUCUACAGCUUCCUCCAUGUUCGUUUGUAUGCUUCGCUCCUGCUUGGCUUGCUCUACUCAGUGCUUUUUGAGACGCUUGGCUGGAUGCAUUUGAUUCAAGGCAGUGGGUGGAGAAACUCCACUGAGGAACAUUUGGAAACGCUCUACUGGCUGAUCCCGGGAAGGGCCAUAUUGCAUCUCUGCGCUCACGUCAUUGGCAUCCACCUUUUUAUUAUGUCUGAAGUGCGUUCACGCAGCACGUUCCUCAAGGUCGGCCAGGCCAUCAUGCAUGGGAAAGACUUGGAGGUCGAAAAGGCCUUGAAGGAGCGGAUGAUCCACUCGGUUAUGCCUCGAAGGGUGGCCGAUGAGCUCAUGAAGCAAGGCGAUGAUGACAGUGACAAUUCGGUUAAGCGCUACUCGACGGGAGCGGCUAUCGCGGGCGCCUCAAGUCCUAAAAGCACCAAACGCAAGAAGACCUCGAUCCCUCGUGGUCAGAUCAUCUUUCGACCAUUCAACAUGAAACGCAUGGAGCCGGUUAGCAUCCUCUUCGCGGACAUCGUGGGAUUCACCAAGAUGAGCGCCAAUAAGUCGGCGCAUGCACUGGUGGGACUCCUCAAUGACUUAUUUGGGCGUUUCGAUCGCCUGUGCGAGCUCACGUGUUGCGAAAAGAUCAGCACGCUGGGAGAUUGUUACUAUUGCGUGGCUGGUUGUCCCGAACCACGAGAGGACCACGCCUACUGUUGCGUAGAGAUGGGGCUCGGGAUGAUCCAGGCCAUUGAGCAAUUCUGUCAAGAAAAGAAGGAGAUGGUGAACAUGCGUGUCGGCGUCCACACGGGCACCGUGCUUUGCGGGAUCCUCGGCAUGAAGCGUUUUAAAUUCGACGUCUGGUCCAACGAUGUCAACCUCGCCAAUCUCAUGGAGCAGUUGGGUGUUGCCGGGAAGGUGCACCUUUCGGAGGCCACGGACAAGUUCUUGGAUGACCGCUACUUGCGAGAAGAUGGCAGAGUCACCGAAAGGAUUGGCCCAAGUGUGGUUGCAGAUCAACUUAAAGGUCUUAAGACGUAUCUGAUUUCCGGGAGGAAGGUGAAGCAUGCCCAGUGGAGCUGCCCCCCAUCUGUUCUGGUGGCUCCUGAGCUCAGAAAGUCUCUCAGCGCCUCGUCCUUCAGCCACAGCCCUGACAUCACAUCCUCCGCCUGCGCUCUGACCCCCGCCCCAGACAGAGCUAAGGCUGCCUGUCCCUCAUGUGGUGCGUUAUCUUCUGAAGACGGGGCGGUUCACAGCAACAGCUGCUCAGAUCCUGACCACAAAACCGUCAACAGCAAAGGAGCGCCUGGCAAGAGUCCCAAGACUCUUAAUGGUCUGUUAAGUCCUCAUCUGGAGCAGCCGCUAAACCACAGCCAGACCUCUCUGUGCGAGAUGCUGCAGGAGAAGGAGAAGAAGUGGCCCGGAGGAGGAGGAGCGAUCAGCAGCAUGGGAACCAUGGACCACUCCGCCCUCAUCCCACUGCGCUCCAAAAACUUCCGUGAGAGGAGUGACGCUCACUUUGUGGACGUGAUAAAGGAGGACAGUCUGAUGAAAGAUUACUUCUUCAGACCGCCCAUCAACAAGUUGAGCCACACUUUCAUAGACAAAUCCCUGGAGUCGGCUUACAGGACCAGCUACCAGGAUGAGGUUAAGACACAGGCUCCUGUCCAGACGUUUGCCAGUCCAACAUUCAGCUCUUUCCUAGACAUGCUGCUGUGCUGUUGUGUGCUCCUAGCUCUCUCUGUGGCUUGCUUCCUGCGACCGCUGGUUACCCAGCAGCCCCUGCCCACACCUCCACUCAUAGUGGCCGCAGUUGCAGCUGUGCUUGAAUGUUUGGCCCUAGUGCUGGCAAUACGACGAGCCUUUUACCUGGACAGCGUUCUGGACUGCACCAGGACUCUCCUCUGGGCCAUUUCCGGCUGGGUUCCCCGUCACAUGAUUGGAGCGGUGCUGGUGUCAUUACCCGCCGUGGCUGUGUUUUCUCAUAUCACCUGCAAUAUGCAUGACUCCAUACAGUUCACCAUGUUCACCUGCUGUGCUGUCAUAAUUGCCAUCAUCCAGUACAGCAAUUUCUGCCAGCUCAGUUUCUGGAUGCGUUCAACCCUGGCGACACUAGCCGGACUCACCUUUCUCAGUGUGCUCUGGAGCCCCCCUUGCAGCACUUGGGAACGUUUAUUUUUGAGAUCCAGUGACUUCAACAGCAGCUUUAAUGAAGUCCCAUCCCCUGCAGAUGAUUCAACCCGACCGCAGGACCUUCUUGGCCCGGAAGCUUUGGUUGCCUUUUUCCUGCUUCUCCUCCUCGUUUGGUUCCUCAACCGUGAGUUUGAGGUGAGCUACCGUCUACACUACCAUGGCAAUGUGGAAGCAGACCAGCACCGCAUUAAGAUCCAAAACAUGCGGGACCAGGCCGACUGGCUCCUGCGCAACAUCAUCCCCAUCCACGUGGCCGAGCAGCUAAAAGUGACCCAGAGCUACUCGAAGAACCACGACAACGUGGGCGUCAUCUUCGCCAGCAUCGUCAACUUCAGCGAGUUCUACGAAGAGAGCUACGAAGGCGGAAAGGAGUGCUACCGCGUGCUGAACGAACUCAUCGGGGACUUCGAUGAACUCUUGCGCAAGUCAGAUUUUUCCAAUAUUGAGAAGAUCAAAACGAUCGGCGCCUCUUACAUGGCGGCAUCGGGACUCAACACGCAGCAGUGUAGCGAUCAAGCCCAUCCCCAUGCUCACCUACGAGCGCUUUUUGAAUUUUCUUUGGAGAUGAUGCGCGUGGUGGACGACUUUAAUAAAAACAUGCUUGGUUUUAAGUUCAAGUUGCGAAUCGGGUUCAAUCACGGACCUCUAACCGCCGGAGUCAUCGGUACCACCAAGCUACUCUACGACAUCUGGGGCGACACGGUGAACAUCGCAAGCCGGAUGGACACAACUGGAGUGGAGUGUCGCGUUCAGGUUAGCGAGGAGAGCUACUGCGUGCUUAAUGGAAUGGACUACGAGUUUGACUACCGCGGUACCGUCAAUGUGAAGGGAAAGGGUCAAAUGAAGACCUACCUUUACCCGAAGAGCUCAGACAGCGGACCUGUACCUCAGUACCAGCUCUCGGUCUCUCCGGAAAUCCGAGCACAGGUGGACGGCAGCAUCGGACGCUCGCCCACCGAUGAGAUCGCCAAUAUGGUCCCAGCGACCAGCGCUAGUAGAGUAGGUGCAUCGUUCUCUGUGAGCUCAGGACUUACUACCGGACAGGGAUUCGCUGGUAGAGACUUUCCCGACAAGGCUGGAAGCAAUGGUACGUCGAAGACUCAACGAUCUGCGUCUGCUGUCGGCCUGACUUGCAUACCGGAAACCAGCUUGAGCGCAAGUCCAGCGGUUUUCGGUAAACCACCGGAACCGACUUUGACCUCUCCUCUUGUCGCAGAGGUCAUUGCAAAAAUGGAGGGAGAAAUUGCAUAUAUGGGUGAAAUGACAAAACUCUGACUUGAGACAAGCCAACAUUGAUGUUGCUGUUGGUUUAAACCCUUUAAACACAGGCUCUUUGUUGAGUUUGUAGGGAUAGGCGUGUUUAGGAAAGUACACUAGUGUAGAUUUGCAUCCGUGUAUGUGGGAAGUUUAAGCACACAACCUUGAAGUGUUAAUAGUGCUAGCCGAACCAGGAGAUACUUUCACAUCUGGACGGCGGUAAAAACUCAGAGGAGCCACAUGAACCAUUUCUACAUGGGAUAAGAAAUGCUGAGGAGAUGCAUUGGGACGGCACAGAUCUGAAGUUCCGUCCUUAAAUAGACGCAGUUAUUUCCGCUAAUUUAAUUUCGAACUAGCUCCUGCUAUUAUCUGCCUUUCGUGAAUGGUUUUCUUUUAAUGAAGUGCCUUUAGGAUGACAACAAUAUGUAUGAGGCAUUUUUUAAAAGAGAUUUGUCAGUCGAAUCUUUAGCUGAAGAUCUAAAAGAUUUAGCAUGUACAUUUGACGUUAGAAAGCGCUUUAAUUUUUGUGAAAGUAUUAGAUAUAUUUUGGAAUAUUUGUAGAUAUUUCUGUUGGGCGUUUAUCAGUCAGUAUUCGAUACAGUUUUACAAAGCAAAACUCUAUAUUGCGAUGAUUGCCGUUUUAAGAAGACCCGAGAUAAAACCAUCGCGUUGAAUGGUGCAUGGCCAAAAGUGUCUGUGAAGAAGUAUUAGCGAAAUGUAGAGCAAGCUAUGGGCUAAAAUCACCUACAGUCAACGAUAUCAAACAUUUCUACAGCGCUUUAUCUUGAUGCAUGUAUUCCUAACUGUCUGACUAUGGCCUUUCUGUCUAUUUUUUCACAAUUUUUCCUAUUGCUCUUCAUUCUGCAGCUAAAUGCUCGGUUGGCUGACCAACACCUGCGUUUUAGAUGAAAAGUUGUAAGACACAACAAGUUGUAAGAUGACGUGGCAAGUUUGCCUUAACGCUAAUGAGAUCAUAGUCUUAAAGGACAAAAAUGCAUUCAUGCAUUAGCUACUGUGACUUUCAUACUUUACGUAAAAUAUAAAAGUGGGCAGUUGGUUUUAAGAUACAGUAUAGGCGGUUUCACAAAAUCAACACUGGCCCUUUUACUUCUACUAAAUACAUUCCUAGUCUGGGCGAUUCAUAAAUGCACGUUGCUGUAAAAGCAAAAAUGCCUUUGUUAUCUUUCAUCAAAAUUUAAACUCGCUCUGCCUCUGAAAUGACUUUUCUGUUCGGCUGAUGUCACCUAGGCUGCGCAGGCAUGGAAAAUAAUGUUAAUCAGUAGCUAAAUAACAUUGUUUUAGGCUACUGUUGUAGGCAGUGCAGCAAUUCAAUAUUAAACUGAUUACAAUAGCAAAUGAUAUAGUGCCUUGUGAAAGUAUUCAUACCCCUUCAUUAUUUUCACAUUUCAUGUUGCUGCCUUUUGUUAAACUGUUUUAAACUACUUUUUUUCCCACAUCAAUCUACAUUCCAUACACCAUAAUGACAAAGUAAAAAAAAAAAAAACAGGUGUUUAACAUCUUUGCAAAUUUAUUAAAAAUAAAAACUUAAAUGAUUCCAUUGCAUAAGUAUUCAUACCCUUAUUUGGGACACUUGAAAUUUAGCUCAGGAGCACUCAUAUCGCUUUUAGAUGUUACUACACAUCGAGUGAAGUUAACCUGUAACAAAUUCAUUUGAAUGGUUAUGAUUUGGAAAGGCACACACGUUCUAAUAAAAGGUCUAACAGCUGAAAAUGCAUAUCAGAGCAAAAACCAUGAAAAAAUGCCUGUAGAGCUCAGAGACAGGAUUGCAUCAAGCCACAUAUCUUUCUGCUGCAUUGAAGGUUUACAGAAGCAUGUAGCCUCCAUUAUCCAUAAUGGAAGAAGUUUGAAACAACCACGACUCUUCAACUCUUCAACCAUGUCUCUGGCCUCCUGGCCAAACUGAGCAAUUGAUGGAGAAGGACCUUGGCUAGAGUGGUGACUAAGAAGCUGAUGGUCACUCUAGUUGAGCUCCAUGAUCAUACAUGCAGAUAAAAGAAACCUACAGAAGGACAAACAUCAUUGCAACAUUUCACCAAUCUGGGCUUUAUAAUGGUGUGGCCAAACUCAAUCCUCUCCUCAGUGAAAACACAUGAAAACACACUUGGUAUUUGCAAAAGACCCUCAGACUUUGAGAAACAAAAUUCUCUGGUCUGAUGAACCUCAAUUCCAAGCAUCAUGUUUGAAGAAAACCAAGCACUGCUCAUCACCUGCAGAGUACCAUCCCAAAAGUAAAGUGUGCUGGUAGCAGCCUCAUGCUAUGGGGCUGUUUUUCGCUGGCAGGUAAUCGUCAGAGUAGAAGAAAAGCUCAAUGCACCAAAAUACUGAGAUAGUCUUAAUGAAAACCCAGUCCAAAGCGUUCAGAACCUCAGACUGGGCAGAAGGUUUCGCCUGCCAACCGGACAAUGAACCUAAGCACACAGCAAAAGUGGCUUGCAGACAACUCUGUGAAUGUAGCUGAGUGGUCCAGCCAAAGCCUGGGCUUGAACCCAAUCAAACAUUUAUGGAGAAACCUGGAAAUGUCUGCCAGACCCCAUUCAAGCUUGAGAGGUGAAGAGGUGAGAUGAAGAAUGGCAGAUAAUUGCCAAAUGGUGAUGUGCAAAUCUUGCUGCAUCAUACCCAAAAAGACCCGAGGCUGUAAAGGUGCUUAAACUAAGUACUAAGUUAAGGGUAUGAAUAUUUAUGCAAUGUACUUGUUUAUUUUCUAAAAAAAUUAUGAAGUUGUGACAAUUGUUUUGCUUUGUUAUUAUGGUGCAUGGAGUGUAGAUUGAUGUGAAAAAAAAAAUAAUUUAAAACUGUUUAACAUAAGGCAGCAACAUAAAACGUGAAUAAAAUGAAGGGGUAUGAAUACUUUCGCAAGGCACUGUAGAUUUAAAACAUAAAAAUCGGAGGUACUCUGGCCAAAAAUCCUCAAAAAUUGGAGGAAAAAGCUGGAACUUCCAUCAUCUAAUCAAUUCCUGAUGGAUCAAAUAAAAUCAAAUACUGCUUUUAUUCUCACAGAGUAUAAUGUUUCACUUAGAAACAAGUCGUACAUAAUUAUGAGCUUGUUGUUUCAUGGUGGCUUUGAUUUUAAUUAUCGAGUGUGGACAUCUUGAGCGAUAAAAGUGAAUUAAAUUAGUUAAAAUGUGAAAAAACAAACUUUAACUGUAUUCAAAUCUAAAAAGACUUGCCAAUUAAGUCACCAUAGUGGCAUAACAGUUGCAAGAACUGGCAAUAAGUUAACAUAUAUUUAGCCGGCCAGUCAAAUGUACAGACUCAUGUGAAUAUUUUAGAAUAGAUUAGACCAUAGCCUUGACUCUGCCUGCUUGUCGUUUGAUGUGCAAUAGUAAAGGGUAAAUUAUUGUAUGGGAUAUUAGCAAAAGGAAGUAGAUUUUAAUCUGUUUAACAUUGAGCUUUGUGAGUAACUUAAUCUGCACUGAUACUGCAUAUAUUUUAUGACUGUCUCAUGAUUUAAGAAUGGUUGUUUUUACCUUUUGAUAGCAGUUUGAUGUCUUUUACCCCUUGCAUUUUGGCUUUAUGAUGGGUGACCUGUAUUCGUUUAAAAGGGUUGUGUGCUCAAAGCUUCGCUGUUGAUUUGUCAUGCUUCACAUUGGUGAUAUUUAUAGGCAUAUGAGAAAAUGUAUAACUUUUUCUUGACAUUGCUGUGAAUUUGCAAUCUGCCAAGAACCCAUACAUUUAAAAGGGAAUUGUUUUUGAUUGAUUUGUCUGUAUUUCUCAUUGUAUAUAUUAGUGCCUUUUACUCAUCUAGAAUGCAUUGAUCAGUCAAAUGACUUCAUCCUGUUUAUCUGUUCAUUUUCAUACACUGAAUCCGUGUGUAUGAUAAAUGAUUUAACGUGAUCUUUAGCGCUGUGCCUUUUCUUAACGAUUAGCUUGAUGUGUCCGUUUUCACUGUAUAUUCCUUUUGAAUGUGAACUGCUCUUCAUUUCAAAAUGCACAGGAUGAAUAUUGUCAUUUUACUCUGAGGUGCCAUUCUAAUUCAAGUCAUUUUUAUUCUGUGCUGAUUUUGAUACUGUUCAGUUGAUGUGUUUUUGGUGACUCUGAGCAUAGCAAUUCAUGUAUUUAUAAUAUAUUUUAUAGGGCACAACUUUUGCUAUAUAAUAAAAGUGCCCUUGCUGCCUGGAGGAGGGAAUGAGCACACAACCCUUAUGGGCUCCUCUGUUUCAGAGUAGUAGAGCAAUAGAAAACUUGAUCCAACUAAAUAAGCAUUACGCUUCAGCCUCUGAACUGCUGCUUGAACUUAGCUUUUGUGUUUUAUCAUUUAUUUUUAUUGAAAUGUGCUCCAUUCCAUUACUUUUACUGUUUGAGAGUUUGUGAGGAAAGCAAAAAAACACACAUAGGGUGAAUGAAAGGGCUGAACUAAUGUAUGAUAGCAGAAGAGCCACAUUUUAUUUUAUUUUAUUUACAAUGACUACAGUUGGCCCAAUCAAUGAUUACAAGCAAUUUGACAUAGGAAAUGUGUGUAUGUGAAAUUUGACACACAAAUGUGUGUUUUAAUAGAAAUAUCACACACUGGGACUUCUUGCCAAAGAGUGUAUUUAUUCAAGAAUGUAUGAUUUUAAGUUUCUCUCAGUUUCUUUUUCAUUUAUAAACUCAAUCUGUAUUCAUUUGUAUAAAGUUUUUUCUCCUGUGUUUGUACAUAUGCAUUGCUCUGUGUGUUUACAUAUAAUUCAUUUUUUGUAUUAUUUAUAUCAAUGCAUGUGCCAUACUGUUACAUCAAAGCUAAUGGAUGAAAAGGGAAAGCCAAUAAUACAGUGUUGAAGUCUG